AUGACCGCGCGAGGCAGUACACUCAUAGAUCAUGGAUCACACGGUGAAGACAACAACACAGUGGCCGGGGGCGGGAUGCACGCGGGACGUGCGAUGAAGCCAGUCCCAAUGGGGCGCGACGAGCCCAGGGCCGAUGCGCGGCUACAGACAGACGAUAGAGAGCUCGAACCAGCAACAACGCUCUCGACUAGGAUCCGCCCCCGGAAGCGCAACCCGGAGCGCCGAUCGUCGUGUCGCGAGCGGGAUCCGCACGGACGACGGCUAGCGGGAGCACCGGCGGAGGGCGCGGGGAUGAGACAGGCGGGCGCAGAUCGGGCCCAGCUGCAUCCGGACGACGCUAGCCGCCGUCUGUUGCGCGCGAUCCGGCGGCGUCACUUCCGCUGCUCGCGAUGGUGCAUAUAUGCGCCGAAAGAGAACGAGAGGAGGGACGAGGGUGGAUUGAAUAGACAUAGCGGUCUCAUUUUGAACGCGUGGGGCAGACAAAAUCACCGUGCAUCGGCUGGACCUAAUGCGUCUGCCCUCGCAAGAUGA